CGAACGCGGUCAUCUCCUCCCCUCCACACGCGCCCUCGCUACCCUCCAGCUAUAUAUACUCCUCUCCCAACUCGAUCGACUCCACCACCACCACUGCUGCUCGAUCGAUCGGCCGGCCGCAAGAAACGAUCGAUAGACCAUCGGCCACCAUGGCGAGGGCGUCGUCCAAGAAGAAGGAGAGGUCCGGGUGGGGCAGCCUGUUCGGCGGGUGCCUCGGCGGGGGAGGGGCGGCGGGGAGCCGGAAGGUGCGGCCGGGCCCGCCGAGGAAGCGCGCCGUCCCGUCGUCGUCGUCGGCGGCGGCGCAGCAGCAGCGGCUGUCGUUCACGGACGUGAUGAGCACGGCGUCGGAGCAGGAGCUGUCAGUAUCGCUGGUGGGGUCGAACCUGCACGUGUUCACGGUGGGGGAGCUGAAGGCGGCGACGCAGGGCUUCCUGGACGGCAACUUUCUCGGCGAGGGCGGCUUCGGCCCCGUCUACAAGGGCACCGUCGCCGACAAGGCCAAGCCGGGCCUCAAGGCGCAGCCCAUCGCCGUCAAGCUCUGGGACCCCGAGGGCGCCCAGGGCCACAAGGAGUGGCUGUCGGAGGUGAUCUUCCUUGGGCAACUCCGGCACCCGAACCUGGUGAAGCUGAUCGGCUACUGCUGCGAGGACGAACACCGCCUGCUCGUCUACGAGUACAUGCCCAAGGGCAGCCUCGAGAACCACCUCUUCAAAAAGUUUCCGGGGAUGCUGUCGUGGUCGACCCGGCUGAACAUCGCGGUGGGCGCCGCCAAGGGGCUCGUCUUUCUUCACGACGCCGAGAAGCCCGUCAUCUACCGCGACUUCAAGACCUCCAACAUCCUACUCGACCCGGAAUACAAGGCGAAGCUGUCGGACUUUGGGCUGGCGAAGGAUGGGCCGGAGGGCGACGAAACCCACGUCUCCACCCGCGUCAUGGGCACCCACGGCUACGCCGCGCCGGAGUACAUCCUCACUGGCCACCUGACGGCAAAGAGCGAUGUGUAUAGUUUCGGUGUCGUCCUGCUGGAGAUCCUCUCCGGGCGGCGGGCUGUGGACAAGACCCGGCCCAGUAGGGAGCAGAACCUGGUGGAGCACAUGAGGUCCUGGCUCAAGGAUCCGCAGAAGCUAACUCGGGUGAUGGACCCGGCCCUACAAGGCCAGUACCCCGCUGCGGCGGCUCACAGGGUGGCCAUGGUGGCAUACCGGUGCCUAAGCGGUAACCCCAAGAACCGGCCCGACAUGUGCCAGGUCGUGGCCGACCUGGAGCCCCUCCUUAACGUCAUCGGCGACGGCGACAUCGUCGUCUCCGCCGUCGACGGUGAGCCGGCGCUGCAUGUGGCAGCGCCAAAGGAGGAGAAGGAGAGGCUGGCGAUGGCGCCGAAGGAGGAGAAGGAGAGGACGACGGCGAGGAGGAGACAAAGCAAAGCCACGCGGUCGCCCCAGAAGGUGGCGAGGAGACGGCCGGGGCAAAGCGAGGAGUUUUGGGUGUGGCAUAUGGCUGGAGAGGUGAGAGCCUAGCCUAGCCAGUGUAAGUACCUUAUACACAACCAGCAGUGUAAUGUUAAAGGUUUUUUGGGUGAUUACUGAUGAUGAUGGAGGAUGUAAAAUGUAACGUACUAGUAGAUGGAGUGGUGCUGCCGCCUGUGGUGAUUGCACCUCCUGUUUCUCUCUCUUUCGUUUUUGUUUUUUGGUUACGAUUAAUUGGUCUUGGCAUCUUGUAGUAGUCCAGUUUUUUACUGCUCCAAUUUCCCUGUCUCCAUCUCUGUGCGCGAUGGAUGAAUGGCUGGAUGGAUGGAAAGGAAAGGCAAAGUACAGUCCUGGAUGCGAUUGCACAGUUGCACUUCUCUUUCCGUUGCUGCAGUGAAUCAGUGGACGGUACUACCGCAGUAGCUAGGGAUCAUGAGUGUUUCUGUGUGGGGGCAGCAGCGGCAGCUAGUACAGUAUACAGCUA